AGGCUUUAGCAUGUUAGAUUGCUUUUUCAUCCUACUCAAUGCAUGAAAAAAAAGUGAAGGAAUUUGUAGAGUUGGGCGGUUACAAAUUCAAAGAGAGCCAAAAUUGGGUGGUUGCAGCAGCAGCCCUAUAAAAAUGGAUAGUUGAGAGACGUAGGCAUAAGUGAAGAGACGGGAGGAAAGAAAAAUUGGAAACCAAAUGGCCAAAGGUAGCAGCUCGAAUGGGAAUAAUCUAAAGAACGGUGUCAUAGCAUUACUGGUUCUGCUUCCCUCCAUUCUCUUUUAUCUCUGUUUCCUAAGCAACUGUGGUGGUGGUUGCAGUAGCGGUCUCUGGAAAUGGUGCUAUCACCAUCCUCUUUUGUUGGUCAAUGCACUCUUCUUCCUCAAUGUCAAUCUUCUCUUCUGGCUCAUUAGCCAUGUCCAGUCCAGCCAUUGGAUGAUAGACCUGUACUGGACUCUGAUACCUGUGAUGCUGGUUCACUAUUUUGCUUCUCACCCUUUAGCUGAGUAUAAUGAAUUGAGGUCGUGGGUCGUAGUUGCUUUGACUUGGAUAUGGAGCAUAAGGCUUUCCCACAACUACUUGAGGCGGGAGGGGUGGCAGUUGGGAACUAGAGAGGACUGGAGGUUCACGGAUAUGCGGCAACAGUACGGAAAGAACUGGUGGUGGGUUUCUUUCUUCGCCGUCUACCUUUCACAGCAGGUAUUUCUGAUGGGCGUAUGCGUGCCUUUGUACGUUGUCCACUCGGUUAAGGAGGAAUUGAAGUUGUGGGAUUUGGUAGCCAUCUUUAUUUGUGUUUCCGGGAUUGGGAUGGCUUACUUUGCUGACACCCAGCUGCAUGAAUUCGUGAGUAGGAACAGGAAGUUGAAAAUGAGUGGAAAAGCGAUGGUGCCCAAUCUUGAGGAGGGAUUGUGGCGUUACUGUCGACACCCAAACUACUUUGGAGAGCAGUUGUGGUGGUGGGGGGUUGGGAUAUUGGGGUGGGGUUUAGGUGUGGGAUGGAGCCUUGUAGGUUCGCUGCUCAACACUAUGUGCUUAGCUUAUGUAACCAAACUGGUUGAAGCGCGAAUGGUAAAGCAACACUAUAGAGCAGAAGCUUACAGACAAUAUCAGAAGACUACGUCAGUGUGGAUACCUUGGUUCAGAAAAUCACUUUACAAGCAAAAGAACAUGUGACCUUCACUUGUACCUUACUUUUCUUAAUGAAUUGUUAAUUGUGGAUGAUGCAUUGAACCACGUUGUUUUAUGUUAUCUUGUUACCCUUCCUCGCGUGAAUUAUAUCAUGUAACAAUUAUGUAUGGUUUUAUAUAUGCUUUGUCUAUUAUAUCCAAUAAAAAACACCUUUUGUCUUGUUUUC